UAACCGUGUACACUUUCCGUACACAAAAACCUAAGCUCGAUGGAUCCGGUGGACGCAAUUCCGUGUACAGGUUGUCCAGUUUAAUCCAGUUUCUUGAAUUCUGUACAGGUCGGUUCAUUUGAUUAACGGUUUAGGAGGAUGUCGUUCGACUUAGACCAGGAUCUCAACAAGGGAGCAGUGGAGAUAGAUUUUGAAGAUUUUCCGAUUGAUAUCGGUUGCGUUAAAGUGGAAGAUUUCGAUCCGGAAAGCGCCGCGAUUGAGCAGGAGGUGAACCGAUGUCAUGUCGGCGAAUCACCAAAUGGUCCGAUAAAACUUGAAAUGACAGAUGGUGAUGGAAGUACCGCGGAAGUGAAUCAACCGGAAUCCGAGCAGCCAGACAUCGCGGUAGUCGUUCCCCGUGAUGACGAUUCCAUCGACGAAGAAUUACCCGAUGACGACGAACAUACCGAUUCCGGUUCCAACAUCCUAGUGGAAGUCGCAUCUGGUGACAGAAUUAGCAACAAACUCAGACAAGAGUACAAAACUAGAGGUCUCAGUUACACGACCACAACUGGAAGAAUAUGUCCGGCCCGCGCGGUCAGGCCAAACUGUGGUGCUGAUUGCAAAUUUCAAUGCUUUAGCCGAGUGCCCGAUGAGGUGCGGCCGCAGCUACUGGAGAAUCUGCUACAAUUAUCUCAAAAUGAUCAGCGUAAAUUUCUCAGCGAUCACAUCUGUAGCAUGCCAGGCGCACGACCGCGUUCAUUUUCUGGACGAUUUCACAAUUUUUACUUCCUGCCCGUUGAAUCUCGGCUGGUCAAAGUUUGCAGAACGAUGUUCAUGAACACGUACGAUCUGCAUUCGCGAACAUUGCGCAACAUCAUCACCAAAAAGGUCGGUGACAAGCACGCGGUCUGUGGAAAUCCAAACUAUCCGACGCUGCUGAAGAAGGGCACCACGUUUUAUUUCGAUUACAACGAGGGCUAUGGCGAAGCGGUGUCUGUACCGCAGGAAGACUGCGAAGAAGGGUGCAAAUGCGACCUUCAGUGCGAGACCAAAUUUCCGGCCAAGGUGAUUGAGCGGAUGCGGAAAAGCUUUCGAAAAAUGUCCAAGGAACAGCAACGCAAAUUCCUGUCCAAGUAUAUCCAGGUUUUGGUCGACAAGAGAAACAACCGAGAUAAGAACCCACUGUACAGGGCCCACUUCACGCUUCCCCUCGGCUCAACCGUCGCGAAGGUAUGUCGAAAAAUGUUCCUGCACACGUUUCAGCUUAAAUCGAGCCAAGUACGGAUUCUGCUGAACGAACAUACCAAGAAUCCGGAUCUGCUGGACGAAGUCGUGGAUCCGUUCGUGUUUGCCAAGGCACACAUCGCGGCGCAUCGGAUGGACGAGGACCAUCAUUGUGCGGUGAGCGGAGCUUUGGUGAAGCUUUCACACUGUCCCAAUGUGGCACGGAUGUACAGUCAAUAUCUGGAGGGGUGCCAGGUGGGAGUGGAGCCGGUCGAUUUUCGGCAGUAUUAUGCCGAGUUUUGUAUAGCCUUUGCACAAACGGGACUGCUGCUGCCGACAAAGUGUCCCGAGUGUGGGUUCUUUGAACGGGGUGGUUGAGCUAUGGAGUGAAAUAAAUAAGAUCACGUUGA